GAGCGAGGGCCAGCGCAGCGCGCCGAUGGUAGCGUGAACCGCUCGCGUCGCCGCCGCCGCCGCCGACGUCGAGCGAGGGAUUCGGACUCUUUUUUUGGUGCGCGCGACUCUCCGACCCGCACGCGUAUACCGCGAACGGGGUAGUGCGAAGGGGACACACACCGUGGCGAGAUCGUGCGUACGUAAAGUAAUAUAAGUGCGUGCGUGCGUUGCGCUGCGCCGCGCGAGCUCUGUGUAAAUUCGCACUCGGGCGAAAGAAAGAGGGAGCGCGACGUGGUGGAGGUUGACGCGGAAAGGGGAGAGAAGAGCGAGGGCAAGAAGCGGAGGAAGAGAAAGACACACACACACACAACGGCUUGUGCGUUCCGCGACGAAGCGCAACAUCGCGAUCACAGAGAGGAAACGACCGAAGUUCGGUGCGGACGAGCGGACGGACGGACACACGGACCGAGACGAGACGAGACGGGACGGGACGCGUGACGUGACGUUACGUUACGUUGAGAACGUGUCGCUCGUUCGCGCCUCGUCGUCGUCGUCGUCGUCGCUCGUCGACUCUCGAAACAGUGCUGUCGCCGCUUCGGAGAGGAGCGUCGCUACAUAGUUCACACCUCGCCGCGUCCCUGGCCCGCUCCCGCCUCCCGACGCGACGGGGAGACACACACAACACGGAUCCGGGGUUGCCGCUGCCAGGGUUGUCGCCGAAGAUCGGAGCACCGGGACGUGCUGACCACCUGCCGGGAAGCAUGGAAAUAUCCAAGAGCCUCGAGGAGGAGAUCAGAUCUGUGCAACAGAAACUGCAGGGAGCGAUACUCAAUCAUAAGAUAUACGUGGACAGGCUGAAGGAUGACCCAAAUAACCCAGACAUUCUCGUGCAGAUAAAAAAAAUCCAGGUGCACAUCGUCUCGUUGGGAAAAUGCCAGAAACAGGUCGUGCAGCAGCUGCGCAAAGAGGUGAACGCGUUCAUGGCGGACAACGCGAACGGAUCGAAAGUUUCUAUCAACCUACAAUCACUCCUCGGACGGCUCGGACUGAACAACAACAAUCACAUUACGAACAAUAAUGAGACGAAGCAUGAGGCCGCCAAUGGUUUCGAGACGAAGCCUUCGAAGGAGGACUACGAAGAAGUUGUCAGAAAUGGCGAUGUUCACCAUUCGCGCCCGCAAGAUAACGAUUGCGCCAAGCUACGUCCCAGCUCGGUGGAAACUGUCUCCGGCGAGGACGACGUCGUUGAGGUGUCGUUGGACGAAAAUUCCGACGAUAAGCAGGAGGAGGAGCAGAAGGAGCGCAGCGUCGAAUCGUCCGAGAAGUACAACUACCUGAAUUGCCUCGGGCUCAUUACCAAGUCCAAAUGUAUGGAGCUGCAGAACAGGAGGGUGGAAAGAAAGCGACGCAGCACGGCGAAUCCGCAGUUCGUGUACUCCAUGUUCGAGCAACCAUCUAAACGGAAGAGGCAUUCGUAUUUGCAAUCUGGGAAUGCACCUCACACCCGGCAGACGACUGCGCGUCUGAACGGCCCGUCGCCACCACCUAACAGAACUCAGCCAAUCAAAUCUACCUCGCCGCCGGUAACGAAGUCGUUGAUUCCAAUCCAAAAGUCCACCACCAGGCCAAAUAUCCUUAGAAACGCGGACAGCAAGGUCUUCGUGAAUAAAAGCAAAGUAGAAGACAACCAAAUGCGAUUGCCCGUAACUAGUGCCAAAUCUGUUCAGUCGAUAGGCAACAAGGCUGUUCACAUACCCGGAUUACCGUCUAGCUUGACCAUCGAAAGGAUUGGAAGUGACUCUAUCGUGUGCAUCUCUUGUGAAAAUCCAGGUUCGUUGACAGUGUGCAGAAAUUGCUCAAGUAGCUAUCACGUCUCGUGUCACACUCGACCGGCGCCUCCAUCCAGAACCUGUCCAAAAUGCGCUUCGGCAAUGGAUGACGAAGAGGACAUCGAAAAGGAUGAAGAAGCGGAGAUCAAGGGGCAAGCGGAAGACGAGAGCAAAUUGCUACGUUACAAAAAGGACGAAAAAUUCGUUACAACAACGAAUGCGUCAGGAUUUAUUGGGAAAACAAGAGAAGACUCAGAGGUCUAUAAAGCGUCUGGUGGACUUUAUAAAGUUGAUACAGCUCAGAAAAAAUGCAUCCUCCCCAACGUCCUCGGCGUCAAUCAGCUGCCUGCCUCAACCUUCCUCAUCCCGAUCGCCGCGAACAAUAUCUCCGCCACAAACGUCAACCAGUCAGAAGACGGCAAGUUCACCACGGCCCUCGAUACCGAAUACCGACAAGACACCAUACAUCACCGUCGCGUCAUCAAUCACCUCGCACGAUCGAGCAUCGCCUGUGUCCAAGAAGACCAGUCCCACGCCUACCAGUUGCCCGGUACCACCGUCCAGCCAGAAAAGCAUCAAUCAUACCUCAUCGUCCAGAAAAUCACCGAGUCGACUGGAAGGUCCAAUCAGUCUCCUGGCGGUGAAACCAAAGACCAAAACAGUUCCGCAGUUUUCAACUACCAAUUGCCGACCAGUUGCAGCAUUACCAGUCAGAACGCUCUCCAACCCAUCAUCACCCAUUCCCUGUUCAACGAUCAUAACAACCGUAAGAAACAAACCAAUUGUGCAGUCCCAUUCCAUCCAAUCACCGUAUCAAAAUUGUCAAAUUCUCUUCACUCCAUCUCGAGCGACCAUCAGCUGGACCGAGCGACCCUCAACGGCAGGAAGCCCUGGGCCAAAUUCACACACGGCAAACUCUGUGUCAAUCAGUCAGCAAGAUCAGCCACAGAAAUCUUAUUGUCUUCUUGCGACGACGCCGAGAAUAGCGGCAACGAGCAGCAACUGCCAAGAUCAGCCGGAUCAGCGGAAAAGGCAGCAGCAACGGCAACGAGUCGCAGUCGUGGCAAGCACCGAUCAAGAAACUUCAUCCACUCAUUGUUCCCAGGCCAUAACAAGUCCCAUAUCAUCGCCAGUCGUGCACGUGAGUCACGAGGCCCAAACAACCGGGACUGCCCGCUCCUGCGACAGCAGCUCUGCCGCGAGGAACACGAGCUGGAGCUGCACAAGCAGUCAGACGGCAAGCCAGCAGCAGUCCAGCUCCAGCGGCGCGCCCUCACGCGGUUCUUCGAGCACGUGAAAUUGGAAGAAGCGCAUAUAUCAGCGCCACUUGGAACAAAGCUAGCACACAAAGAUGAGGUCGAUGAUGACGACAAUUACGAGAUUGCCGGGGAGGACAGCCCGCGUGACGAACAGUACGAUGACGGUGGUGCCGUUGCUGAAGCUCCAUUGUUAACAUCGUGCGAAGAUCUAGACGAGGACCAGGACUUUGCAGAAUGGUUAGCCGACGACUCGGAAAACGCCUGUGAUGACGACGACAAUGUCGCGAGCAAGGAUCCUGUCCGUCGUCUUUCGAUAACUCUACGGCAUUCGGAGGAGCGCGAGGACGAUCGACUGACGACAACAACAGCAGCGGCGGCACUGCGCAUUGCACAAAGCAAUCUUUCGGAGCUUCGUAACGAGGUCUCAGUUCCUGACGAUAAGGCUGACACCGAGAGACAAGACUUACCCAGUGGUGGGCGGUUGAGAAGCAGAAGCAAUAGUAAUAGCAGCACCAUCAGUAACAGCAACAGCAGCAGCAGCAGCAGUAGCAGCAGCAGCAGUGGCCACAGUGACACCCCAGAGCAAGCGAUGAACGUGAAUGAUCUCUCGGACAAUUUUAAUAUUCUGGCUAAGAUGGGCUUCGUUUCUCCGGGGGAAAGGAACGAGGAGCUGGAGCAAGCCGACGAUGAAUCGGCGACAGCAAGUGAGGCUGACGCCGCCACUGGUUAGACCUAGUUAGAUUAAUUGUAUUGACGUGUUAAGGCUCCCGGUUCUAUGUUGAAUUACGAGCACGAUUCGGCAGAAACCACAUGCGAAUUUUUUUUCUUGUACUCUAUGAAAUAAAUUAAUUUUUUCAUUGCCACGUUUAGUAGAAAUGGCAAAAUGCCUUAAAAACUCCUUUUUAUUGUUGUAUAUUAAGUAUACACGUACAGAUGAGUCUGCAUGUGUAUCCUACAUCUUUAAAGAAAAUGAAAUUUUUUCAUCAAGAUUUAGUAAUCCACAGAUGAAAAAAAUAUUUUUUUUUAUAAAAUAAAUUGAUAAUUAUGUUUAUAUAUUACUAAUUUAUAUACCAUUGAACAUUGACGGUACAAGAAGGAAAAAUAAAUAAUUUAAUUCAAAUUGCAAGGAAAAAACACGAGCCUUAACAUUGUCAAUCGUGCUCACCGUUAAUCCUAAUUGCGCUCGAAAACCCGUGGUCUCUCGACGACGCGUUUUCUCGGUGAAAAAAAAAACGGUACGCAUUCAACUGUCAAAUCACAGCAAUUAUAUAAGUAUACGAUCGCGUUGUAAUUAGAGAUAUUUUAACAAUAAUAGUUCAGCGACAUCCUGGAAGUUUUUACGCAGAAUGUCAGCAAUGACGCGCCGCAUCUCUCAGUUAUUUGCGGCCUACGACGUAGAUGUUCGCAUGAAGACGUUGUUACAAUCAUAUUAAUCAUUUUACUUCACGAAUUGUUUGGAACUCGCACGAUUAUUUACGUGCAAUCGAAGUGUUAGAAUAGAUCGUCUGAAAAAUCGGACGCGCUUCCUUUCUUAAAGCUGAUUUUUAUCGUUUCUCGUGUAGAUUGUUUCUUUUUUUAAACUUCCGAAGAGGAAAACGCAUUAUUGCGAGGUAUUCCUUUUGUAACGGAAUUUAUAUAUCCAUGUAUGUAUACAGAAGGGUGCGUCCGAAGUCGCGGGAACAACCGGAAAAGGAAAUCACUAGUUUUAUUCGCGUCAAUGUUUGUACACAUUGUGUGGCGUUAGAAUUCGAUUCGGUUUCUCUCGCUUCGACAGUCUCGUCUUAUCCGAGCUGUUGGUCCUUACGAUGACAAGACGAAUAGCAAUAGAGAUACGAUUCUUUAUAGUCACGAAUGGAAAUUGAGUGAUCCAUGAUGAAUCUAGGCCGGAUCGAGUGAAUUUUCCAAGUCGAUUCUCCCGGAAACGGGUUUUGUUUCUGCAUCCCUGACUCGCUUCUGAGAGAUCCUUCAUUCGGUUGUGCGUCACGAUCUUUGAAAGAGCCUCGUAUAUCCUCGACGACUAUAAGAGAUAAACCGAGCACAUAUCCGCGAGACAUCGUGCGAUUAAAGAGAGAGAGAGAGAGAAAGAGGUAGAUAGAGAGGGAAGGACACGGGAGGAAGCCUAACUAUUACGUAAAUCAAGUCACAUUACCAUACUGCCUUAAUAGUAAUGUAAAAAGUGGUACUUUAUAAAAACCGGCAAUCUGUGCUGUACCCCGGUGAAAAAAAAUGCGGAUCGCGGACGCGAUUACAAUUGACAGCCGGCGAUCGGAGAACGAGAGCAAUCACAGUGGAGUAAUACGAUUAAUCAAAUUCUCGUUACCAUAAUCGAAAGCGUUUAGAUAUUAAGGGUCAUCGUUUGUAAGUUCCGUAAAGCGGCGAGCGAUAAAACCGAUCGUCCUAUUUCUCACGAAAGUUAUAUCCUUGCCGAAGGUAGUUUAUGAAGAGAAGGAGAAAGAGUUGUGUGUUUGUGUAUGUGCGUGUGUGUGUGUGUAUGCGUGGUGUGUGUACGUAUGCGUGUAUUCAUAAGCAGUUACGAUGUUUCGUCGAGCUUCGACGGUAUUUGACGUUUCGUUGAUUUUAAUUUGUUUAUAAUUGUUUUUCGUCCAGAUGGAGAACUGUGAUCUCUUGCGGCAUCUCGCUUGCAAAGAGGGACCGAGAUGGGUGAUUAUUCGAAAGUUACAAUUACUUUUUGCGAGAAACGUCGACGGUUAUUAGUAUUAUUUAGUUUCUUUCGUCCCCGAGAUUUAGUUACGCGAGCCAAUUUAUUCGUCUUAUUUAUUUCGAGUUAACGUAUUAGUAUUCGCCGGCACACGUUAACGCGCCGGCUCUUGCCCGUCAUUUACACCUAUAAUAUAUAAAAGAAGACGCGAAAAAGAAAGAGGAGAAAAAGAAAAUUGUUAUACACAGCGUAUAGGCAACGAGAUAAUGAGAGAUUCGUAUUUUUUAUGAAAUAAAGACAACUUAAGCGGA